UGCAAAACUAGCCCGUUUCUCGUAGACGACUUAUAUAUAAGUCGUCUGAAGUUUUUUUUUUAACAAACAAAGCCGGACGACUUAGAAUUAAGUCGUCCCUUUUAAUUUUCAAUUGCAAAAGUGACCUCUUUAGACGACUUACCUUUAAGUCUUCUGGACGACUUAAUGCUAAGUCGUCUGCGGCAAUGUUUAUUGAACUUCUUCAUUUCCCUUUUCUCUAUGUUUACUAAUGUGUUUUAUUUUGAAUAUUUGCAGAUGAUUUUUCAGUUACAUGCAGUGUAUGGAGAAUGGUUGUUGAGAGAUUUCCGUUGGGAUUUUGUGGUUGAUGAUCUCAAAGGAGGAAGAUUGUUUUUAUUGAAUGAAGAUUCAACAUAUGCUGAACUUGUUGCAAUGGCUCAAGAAGAUUAUAACCUGGACAUGAGAACAGUGAGUGUGGAGAUUAGCUACUCAUUACCAGCAGAAAUGAUGAUGGCUCCAGGCAGUCUUCCCAUUCAUGUUACAAGUGAUAGACAAGUUCGAAACUUGCUGGAGAUACUCAAAACCCAUAGAGUAUGUCUUUGUGUAUCAAGCCGCAGCAAGGUCGAAACGGUUUCAGAGAAAAGGGAUAUUGAUGAAGCUGGUGAAUGGGAAAAAGAUGUUGGUGAUAAUGAUGAAGCUGGUGAAUGGGAAGAAGAUGGGGAGGAGGAAAAUGGGGAGGAGGAUGCUGAUAAUUCUAUUGUUGGUGAAACGGAUCAGAAUGGUGGGGAUUACAGUCUUUAUGGAAAGGUUCCAGAUGAGGACGAGGAAGAUGAUGAUAAUAUUUGUUUUGAAGAAAUCCAAAAGACAUAUGCUAAGACAAAUGCUAUUGAAGGAGGAAAAUCGAAUGGUACCAGUAUCUAUGUCAACCAGAGUUUUGUUAGCAAGGGUGCUCUGCUUUCAGAGCUGCGGUUGGCAGCAGUGAGGGGUAAGUUUUCUUUCAGAUUAUACAAAUCAACGAAAACUCUCGUUGUGGCAACAUGUCCGGUUAGCUAUUGUGGAUGGAAGGUCAGAGCGAGUGUCAAACAUGGGACAAACACGUUUUGGGUAACAAAGUAUGUGGAAAAACAUUUAUGCUCAGCGGGAGACCGAAUCGCUCAGCGGAGACACUGUACUCCGAAGUAUGUAGGUAGUCUUUUCAUUGAUCGUGUUGGAAUCAUUGAUGGGAUAACUCCGCAGCAUAUCACUGAUGCAAUGAGGAACAUGUUUGGCAUGGCGCUUGAUUACACCACUUCAUACAGAGCACUGUUAUAUGCACAAAGAUUGGUGAGAGGAUCAGCAGAAGAAGGGUAUUCGCGUCUGGCAUCAUAUCUCGAGCAAAUCUCCAUUGCAAAUCCUGAUUCUAUCACGGCGAUAGAACUUGAUUCUAUGAAAAGAUUUAAGUAUCUAUUUCUCUCUUUUGGAGCUUCUAUCAAAGGUUUUAAGUAUCAGAGAAGGGUCAUUGUGGUGGAUGGAACUCACCUAAGUGGAAAGUAUGGAGGAACUAUGUUAGUUGCAGCCGCACAAGAUGGCAAUUUUCAGAUAUUCCCAUUGGCUUUUGGGAUCGUGGAUGAGGAAGAUAUACCUUCUUGGGAAUGGUUUUUCACAAAAUUGGCUAGUUGUAUAUCUCAUGACAAGCCUCUGGUGAUAGUCUCCGACCGGCACAAGGCCAUUAAAAGUGCGUGUGAUAAGGUGUUUCCUUGGGCAACCCGAGGAAUAUGUUAUUAUCACCUUCAAGAUAACAUUGUCAAAAAGUUUAAAGGGAAACAUCUCAUGUACUUGGUGAAAGGGGCUGCUUAUGCUCACACGGUUUACGAUUUUGACCGGUACAUGGCUGAGAUACGGAGUGCAAACCCGGAACUUGCAACGUAUUUGGAGAAAGCCGACGUCAGGCUAUGGUCAAGGGUUUAUUGUAAGGGGAACAGGUUCAACAUAAAAACAAGCAACAUUGCUGAAUCUAUUAAUUCCGCACUGAAGCGAGCAAGAGGAUUUCCGAUUACGUUCCUGCUGGAGUUCAUAAGGCAGAAGUUAGGAAAAUGGUAUUGGAAAAGGAGACAAGAUGCUUUGAGUCUCACAACUGAACAUAGCGGGGGUGUUGAAUACUUGCUUGCUGUUCGAGAAGAGAUAGCGAAUACGAUGACGGUUGAACCAAUUGAUGGAUGGCAUUUCUUUGUCAAAGGUGGCAAAAUGGACUGUGUGGUUGAUUUGGAACAUGCAAAGUGUGAUUGUGGUGUCUAUGGAGUGGAGAAAAUACCUUGCUCUCAUGCUAUAGCUGCUGGAACACAUGCUGGUUUGCAUAUCUCCACACUUGUAUGUCCACUGUACUCAAAGAAUUAUCUGUAUGCAGGAUACUCAGAGAAUAUAUAUCCUAUCGUGUCACAACAUAUUGAGGAACGAGAAUGCUUUCCUCCAGAACUAAAGCGUGGUCGGGGGAGACCGAAGAAAUCAAGAUGGCAAUCUUGGUUGGAGCUAUCUAGGAUGAGAGGACACAAACCCAGGAAGAAACACAGGUCACGAAGAUGCUCAAACUGCAAGGAAACUGGCCAUACGAAACCAUAAUGUACACAACCAGUUGACUAGUUGUCCAGACGACCUAAAUUUAAGUCGUCCAGUCUUGAUUACCCGUCCAGACGACUAAAUUAUUAGUCGUCCAGUGUAUUUUAUUUUUAGACGACCUUCUACUAUCCCUUCAAGUGUAUUUUAUUUUUAGACUACCUUCUACUAUCCCUUCAAGUCGUCCAAACCUUCUAGACGACUUAUUUGUAAGUCGUCCAGUUGGAAAACCUUCCAGACG